ACCGCUUGCAAGGUAUGCGAUUAGAUAGAUAAUACGAACAUCCGGUAGCUGACCUUGCGGCUGUAAAUAUAAAGUUGCUGGACAUGGCUUCUAAAGAUUCUGGUUGGAAUCCAUGGGAGCUAUUCAGGGAAUCUCCAGAGGAACUAAAAAUAAUUGAAAAAAGGAAGGCAAUGCGCACUACUGCACGUGCUGAAUGGCUUAAAAAAAGAACUAAUCCCUACAGCAGUGGCUCAGGAUAUAUUUUCGAUCCAGCAGUGCAGCGACAUAUGUCAGCAAGAAUGGCAAGAUAUCAUCUCUUCAAACCACAUUCAACCAUCACAAUGUUUAAGGGUUUUAUGUUGUAUGUCUUCCCUCUUGGUCUUCUUUGUUAUGGAAUGAAUCGAUCUUUGAAGAAUCAUUACAGACGCGUGGAUUCAGGAGAAAUUCCAGCAGACAAAGAAAAGUUUCGAUUUAUGUGGUAGACUAACUGCCCUUUCAAUGAUUGACAAUUUAAGUGAGACAUUUUAAUUCUUACAAAUGGAGUUCAAAUGAGCAGUCUUGUUACUAUAAACAUUUGUGUGUAAAUGUGUACAGAAAUAUCUAUUAAAGAUAUAUGUAUUAUUUUUC